AGUCAAAGAACAGGAAGAAGAAUAAAGGACGAAGUUUGGCCUCGCUGAGUCGGAGGCGUGUUUCCUGCAAGGCACUGGGCAGAGGAGACUGCGAGGGUUGGCUGUGGAGAAAGAGAGAUGCAAAGGGUUACUUUUCUCAAAAAUGGAAGAAGUACUGGUUUGUUCUGAAAGACAACUGCCUGUACUGGUACAUCAAUGAAGAGGAUGAAAAAGCCGAAGGUUUUGUCAGUCUUCCAGAAUUUAAGAUCGAUCGAGCCAGUGAAUGCCGCAAGAAGUAUGCUUUCAAAGCUUGCCACCCCAAGGUCAAGAGUUUCUACUUUGCAGCAGAUGGAGUGGAUGACAUGAACAGGUGGCUGAGUCGCCUCAACAUGGCCGCUGUAGGCUAUGCAGAGCGAGAGAGGAUACGCCAGGAGCAGGAUUACUGGAGUGAAAGUGAACAUGAGGAUGACGCUGCCUCCAGCCCCAAACAGGACAGUCCCCCACCUCCAUAUGACACCUACCCACGGCCUCCAUCAAUGAGCGCCUACUUGGAAGGAGGUCGGACCACUCGGCUGUCUUCCACAGAGACGUCUCGCUCUCGCUCAUCCCAAGAGGACUUCCUUUGUGGCGAGCCCCCUGCUGCAGCUGCAGAGCCGCAGUACCACCCUGGUCCUCUUGGGGGAGGCACCACACACAGUGGCAGAAAAGCAGGGGGCAGCAACAGCAGCGACGUACAGUACAGAUGUGAUCCUGUAGAGUACCGCUCCAGUCCUGCUGGGGGCAGUAGUGAGACAGGGUCCCCGGGCCGCUCUUCAUCGUCGCAGAGGCGCUCUUGGCAGGACCUGAUUGAGACGCCAUUGACCGAGGCUGGACUGCACUACCUUCAAACUGGACCACUUGAGGACGCCGUCUUUGCUGAGCCAGGUGGUGGCUCAAUGAUGGCCGGAGCCGUUUACACUCUUCCUGCUCCGAGGAAUGUCCCGUUGCCCAUGGCAAUGCAGAGGCUGAUUCCUAUGGCAACCCAGGGAGGGAAACCCCGCAGCUUCACACUGCCACGAGACAGCAACCUCCACACGCUCCUCGCACCGCCUGCAAAAGAAGAACAGCAAACACACAACGGUGGCAGUGAAGGUGCCUCGCUGGGCGACCUGUUUCGUGCGUGCGAGCAGGGUGGGGUCUGUCCUCUGGGUCGGGGGUCGGAGUCCAAAGGUCAGUCAGAGUUCAGGCAGUCAUUUCUCCGAAGGGCCGCUGACCCUCAUCUCAACGAGCGCCUGCACCGCCUCCGCAUACUGACCUCCACGUUGAAGGACAGGGAGGGGGAACUAGCGCUGAUUGACAGGCUGCUGGCCAAACCCCAGCUGUCGUCGGCAGAGUUCCAGGAGUGGAAGAGAGCCUAUCAGGAGCUGUUCACUCAGGAGCCGAACUCGGCCGCCGAAUCAGAUCCUGGCCCGCCCCUCACCCCGUCGCUCUCUCACACGCACUCCUACAUUGAGACGCACGUCUGACGCGAAAAGCAAAAGCAACACACACGCUUAAAUUGCUCUCAUCAGCUGAUUUUGGAUUGAGUUGAACAAAUUGCAGUUGAUGCUUUGAGGCAUCAGAGCUGCGAUCGGAGAAAUCUUAGUGACGAACUGAGUCGAGAGGCGAGAGUAGAGAUGCGCUUUGAGCAGCCGCCGUGUGACAAGUGCAACAUGACGUGUUUUUGCGGAGACCCUUGUGUCACAUCAGUCUUCGAGCUGAUUGGCCAUGCCACUCCAGAUGGCUCGAGGGUGGACACUGACACUGAUUCUUGAGUAUUAUAUGUUAGCUUUUGUGCUGCGUACCUGAAAUACUCUCCAUGGAAAACCAUAUAAAGAAGGAUCUUCAUCACCUUCAUACAGACUUCUCAUCCAGUGGGAUUACAGAGUUGUAUCUUUCUCCAUCUUGCUUAUUGUGCCAUUUUCAUACUGACUGCACAGUGUCUCAUAGACGCUCUAAUAGCCACAUACGUUGUAUUCUUUCAAGCCUUAUACUUGAUGUCUAUGAUGAUAUUUACUGUACAGUGAGUGCUACAGUAGACAACAAUAAGCAAAGGUCUUUUUUUAAAAACAAAACAAAACACUAGUCUCAGUUUCUAUCUAGUUUUAGAGACUUUUGUUUGUGCUGGUUUGGUAGAUUCGUGUACUGUGCUGGGCUGGACCUGAAGCAUGCACACUCCUCCUGGAAUAGGACCCAUUUGAAGGAAAAAUCCACCCUCAAAUGCUUUUCUAGCAAUGCAUCAGGCAUCACAUGGUGUAGUUAGGAGCCCAUUAUCUGCUGUUGCUUUAUUAUUGAACUUCAGUUCACACUCCAGAAACACAGUAUGCCUUUCACAAACUGCCAUUUACUGCUUUAUAACUCCGCAUAUGCACAUUAAAGCAGUGUGGUUUUUACAUUUGGAAAAAUAGAACACUACAUGCAGUUAAAUCUGUUGUACAGACAUAUACAGGCAUAGAUAGAGAACAACAGUUAUUCUUGUUGCUUUGAGAAUAAAAGCUUGCAAUGAUCAAGGGAGUUUUCAAGUUUCUUUAAAAAAUUUUACACAAUAGUAAAUAAAAUAGGGUCUUUUAACGAUACUUUUGUUAAUUGCAAAACAAAAACAGCUACUAGAAAUGUCUAAUGUUUCGUUUACGUUGUAUACAUAUUGAGCUGCAUUUUAAUGAUAUGUAAACAAAUACUAGGUGCCAUCCACAGAAAGAGGAAAAUAUAAUGUUACAUGGCUUUCCUUAACAUUUCUUGCAAUGAUGGUAAAACAAAGGUUUUGUCUUGCGUUAUAAUUAUUAUUGCACUGAAAAUUAGAAACUUGGUCUAACUAUAGAUGGAGCUCUCUAAAUCUGAGAGAGCUUCUUACUGAUGAAUAUUCUUUUUAGCGUUUGCAGAUAUGGAUGUUUAUAAAUAGUAUAUUAAAAGAAGUACAGUUCUGUUCCACCUAUGUGCAGUUGCCAGCUCCCAAUCUAGAACUGGUGUCCUACCUAAAAAUGGCACCAGUCAACACAAAAUUACUGCACCCAUAGUUUGAACCAUUGACAUCAGUGAUUAUGGGAAGAACUGAUGCAAGAAAUUCACCAAUGAUUGACAGAUUCAGCCCACAGGUUCUGUUUGCUAUGAUUUUCUUUUCAUGUAAAUAAACCCAACCUUGUCAUAUCUUCCACACUUUGGGCAAGUCAAAUUAGGAUUACUCCCUCCAUUACCCAGUCAAGUUGCUUCCAUGUCUGUCUUAACAUUAAUUUAACAUUUUGGAUAUAUGAAAUUUUGUCAGGUUAUUGAGAAAAGUGUGUUUCGACCCUUGAGCGCUAAAAUCCAAUCAGUUUAUCCUUCAGUUCAGGUGCCAAAAUUGAAGAAAUCGCCUCAAAAUUUUUAAGAGCUAUCAAUAUUGAAACAAUACAGUGAACUGAUGGAUGAAAGCCAUAGAAACAUGCUGUCUCCAGCACUAGAGUUUUGGUUUUUCUCAUGCAGUGUAUUUGUACAUAAUACCAGAUAAAAGCUUUUACUUCAGAUGUACCUCUUUGAUAUUACCUUAAGUGAAACUUUCAUCAACACAAAGGGACAUUUUUCCAUUGGACAUGUGGAAAUAUUUUGCCUUUUGUAGGCCACCUUUGUAUUGGCUCAGUCACACUAGAGUAAAGAUAGAUUAACAACCUCUGUGCAGCUAGGAAAAUUUGGUGGGUGCCUGGUAAGUGCUUUGAAGGGGUUUUUUUUGUCAGAGGCUGAUUGUAAGUAGUCACGAAACUUGAGCGUGCAAUACCCUCGACCAUAUUAUCACAGAUCUAAUAUACUUGCCAACUUCACACCAUUCAACGGACUGACUCCAUCUUAUUGUUAUUUUGUUUCCGUCUUUACUCACUAAGGUUGGUUCAAGUACAGAAACCUAAUGCAAAUGGUUGCAGAUUAGUUGCCCAUCCCUGAAGCAACCAUUUCAAAGACAAUAAAAUUCCAGUGAAGUUCAUUUCACAAGUUUGUGUCACACAGUCUUAAUAAUUUUGGUGUUGUUACAAUGUCCAGCUAUUGAUUUACCUACUGAGACUGCAGCAUAAAUAAGAAUCUUUAUAACUUGCCUCGUUAAAUGAAGCAUCAUCUUGUGGUACAAAAUGGUAUUACACAAGUAUAGCCUAGCCUUGUGUCAAAUUUUGUUGAUAUUUUUUCAGCACAAUACUUUUUUUUUUUUUUUUACAUUUUUUUAAUACAUGAUGCAUUAUAUACAUGAAAUUUACAAAAAGUACACUGCAAUUCUCUAAGCCAUAAUAUCACUGAUAUAUGAAAUUUUAUAGAUCUACCCAAAUCUUAUUGUAGAUUUUUGAAUUUGCACAAAUAUAAGUUUAAAUAAAAGCACAUUUCUAUCUAGUUUUUAGGCAACUGCUACUUCCAGACAUGGACGUUAUUUUCAUUUGGUUUUCAGUGCCUUAUAUGGCAUCCACACUCCUAGUAAUACAGGUGUAUGAACUCUGGAAAGUUACUCUGUUUCACCCCAAAAGCCUCCAAAAAUAUUUAAACCAAAACAAAAAAAGCAAAGAGACGUUUUUAGCACAGAAAGAUUUUCUGAACAUCGCAGAUUUAUAGUACUUAAAAGAAUGCAAAAGUUUCUAAGGGUGGAUUUUUCCUUGGAGACCAUUUGGCUCUCUGUAUCCUGCAUGUCGCAUAGAGAAUAUGAGGCCAUAUUUGCAUAGGAUCUGAAAUAUGAAUCUAAUAAAAAUAUAUUAGUUUGUUAUUUGUAGGCUAUGCUGUUGCCAAAAGACUUAAUACUCAAAGUCAAUGCACAAAACUAUGAAAGCAAUCAUAUUUACAUAUAAACACACACACAAAUACACACAAUAAUAAGCACAUAGACUGAAUGCUCUUUCUCUGCUGCUGCCCGUGGUUGGUUGUAGUAGCAUGUCUUUGUUAUAGAUGAAAACAGUAUUCUUUUUCCUGUUUUUGUGUUUGAAAUCUUUACAUACAGUAGAUCUCUAUUUAUAGAGCGCAAACUAAGUGUCUUGGAAGAUAGUCUCUAAUUCUAGUUCAGUUUUUUUUUUCUUUUUGGACAGACUGUCGUUGAGUAAAGAUUGUUUAAUGUUCGAUCUAUAAAUUAUGGUUAAUUAAAAAAAACAGUAUUUAUUUAUGUAAUCAUUCUAUAUGCUCUCUUGAAAGAUGAGGAUGGAUCAAUAAAAUGUUGGUCAUUUCGAUGAAAGUGUUUUUUGUGGUCUGUUCUGUGGAAAUUAGUCCAUAUGGA